UUACUACUUGUCGUGAAGCUAAUUCUAUACAAAGGAUUUCUUUCUCAGAAGUAAUCAAGUCAACCGUUUCCUUAAAACAGGGCAUUCAAAUGGCUAAAGCAGGGUCAACAGUAGGUGGUGACUAUGACUACAUAUUCAAAAUCAUUGUCAUCGGUGAUAGUGGCGUGGGAAAGUCAUCCUUGACGGUGAGGCUUUCCGAAGACGUGUUUUACAAAGACUAUGCUUCCACAAUAGCCAUUGAUUUUCGCAUGUACCAGAUGAACUACAUGGAUAAACACGUACGCCUGCAGAUAUGGGAUACAGCCGGGCAGGAGCGCUUUCAAUCUGUUGCUACCGCCUUUUACCGUGGUGCGAACGGCGUUAUGCUGUGCUUCGAUCUAACCCACCGACCAUCCUUCUUGCACAUCGAGCAGUGGAUGGAACGUGUGAAGCAGCAGGCACUUCCGGGUAUCCCUUGCCUGCUCAUUGGCUGCAAGAGCGACGGAGCUCGCACAAACCGACAGGUUACAAGGGAGGAAGCGAUGGCCUGGGCGACACAGCACAAAAUGUCAUACAUCGAAACCAGUGCGAAAGAAAAGGAGAACGUGCAGCAGGCUUUUCAGCAGAUUACCAAGUGCAUUUUCAAUGAUAUGAAAGAUCACGGCGGCGCCGCGCAACAGUCUUCACGAGAUGGCGCGUCUGGUGAACGGAACGUCAAAUUAGGUGCGUCUAAGAACAAAAAAUCGAAGGAAAGUUCUUGUUGCUAGAGGGUGUGUAGUACGUAAAAGAAAUUGCGGAGAAAUUCCAAAUAAGCUAGCGAAUGAUUUCAAUUCGAUAUAUUGCGUGUUUGGAGGACCAAAUUAGUGUUUUAUAAUAUCAUUGUGGUUAUAUUGCACGAGGAGGUACAUCAUUUCCUCUUCGUAACUAUUUCAACACUUUAUGUUAUCGCGGUAGGCUAAGUAAUGAGAGGAAAUUGCUCAAGGAUGGGAUUCUAUUUGUCGCAUAGAGAGUUUAACAUUUUGCAUAUACGGCCAAUUAUGGAUGUGCAGGAAUGAAAAAAAAAAAUGAGUAUAAAAUUUAUGGAACUUUUACGCUAUUAAUGUACUUGUAUACCCUCAGCGAAGAAAGCAGAAAACGUGGUUUGGCUACCUGUCCUUCUAUUCUCGUUUAUAUUGUAGGGAAAAGGCAAUAUUUUUGAAUUGCAAUUGAUACAUACUUUCAAGUAGCUGAUCGGGCGGUAGUUCAAUGAAUUUCUGUGUGUAUUGAGCUUGAUUUGUUGCUUGUUCUGUGUACGUUCUGAGCCCACACGUUGUAAGGCAUAGUAUAAAAUAUUUCAAUCGUCAUCAUUAUUAUUAUUUAUAUAUAUACGUGUGCGCGUUGUUGUACUUUGUUUUACGAUUACUUUCCUUUGUUUGCUUAUGCUGGGGAUAUAUUUCUGUAUGCAUGCAUGCCUCCAGUGUGA